AUGAAGCAAUUACCGAUGUUGAGGAUUCCUUUGAAGGAAACAGAAUCUGUCGAUUGGGAGCAGGCCAUUAAACAAUAUCUUCUCACAGUUUAUGGUAGUUGGAAUGACUUUUCUGAGGAGACUGCGGAAUUCAAUAAGUUGAGAGAGGAGAUGAGUGGUUGUAACCAAGAUAGUGUAGGGUUAGGUUUUUAUUUGCGCUAUUACACUGAAUUGGAGUUGUUGGAGAUGAGAAUUUCCCCUAAAGAAGGUGGUGGGGUCCAUGCUCAGUUUAAUUGGUCUGAUUCAUUUAAUAAAAGCGCAAAGGUAUCUCAACAUUCUAUCGCUUUUGAAAAGGCAUCAGUAUUGUUCAAUUUAGGUGCUCUUUUUUCAGUUAUAGCGGAUAAUCAAUAUAAUGACCACGAGACUGAUGAAGAUGUUGAAAAUAGUACCCAAAACUUCAAGAACGCUCUAUCAAACUACCAAAAUGCCGCCGGGGUAUUCCAAUUUGUAUCUGAGAAUUUCCUUCAUGCCCCAAGCAACGAUAUGAAUCAAACUACAGUUAAGUUUUUGGCCAAAUUGAUGCUAGCUCAGGCUCAGGAAGUUUUCGCUCUAAAUUUAGUGAUUAAUCAGCCAGACAACGGGAAGUACUCCUUGUUGGCCAAAUUAUUCCAAUCCGCAGCUAAUCUCUACAAGGCGUCCCAUGAAUUAUUGUCCACUUUAAUUAGUGAUAAUAUUUGGUUCACUUCUCACCAGAAUUGGAGUAAUAUUGUCAAAAUUAAGAGACAUUACUUUGAAGCUCUUGCCAAUUAUUAUCAAUCAUUGGUUUUCUCAAACUCAAACAAAUUUGGAGAGGCCAUUGGUUAUAUGAAAAGCUGUUCUGACUCCUUGAAUGAUGCAAAAGCUGUUCCUUUGACAGCUUUCUCGUCUAGUGAUGACACUAAGCAAAACUUUGUUCAAUUGGUUAAAGCGGAAUCUAUCAAAGACCUUGUGGAAAAAGUCGCAAAAGAAUUGGUGGCAUUGGAGAGGGAUAACGAUUAUAUUUAUCAUGAUUCUAUUCCACAAAAAUUCAAUUUGAACGCUAUCAAAGCAAUGGACGCUGUGAGACCCACCAAAUUGGAAUCUAUUUUCAGCUCCCCUACUAUCAAGUACAAGUCAGCCAAGAACUUGUUUCAAAGAAUAGUUCCUUUAAAGGUCCAUGAAUAUAAUUCUAUUUAUUCUGAAGAAAAGGCUAAAAGAUUAAGAACUCUUGAUGAAAAAAUUGAGGUCUCCAAUGAAUCUGUGAAUUCCUUCUGUGAAUAUUGGAAUUUACCGAAAUCGGUAAAUGACAUAAAGGCUAUUAUUAAAGAUGAUGAUAGUGGUGGUGCUUUGGACUUUGAUGGGGAAUUUAAGGAGUUUUAUAAGCACAAGUUGAAGCCGUUGAGUAAAGAAAUUCAAAUGGAGUCUGAAAUAAAUUUUCAAAAUUUUCAAAAAGAGAGGAUGAAUUCUCUUGAUAUUAUUUCCAGGUGCGAAGGUUUAUUGAGAUCUGAUGAGCAAAAAUACAACGAGAAUAAGUUGAAAUAUGGGGCCUCGUGGUCCCAGACAGAUUCGUUAUUGGCGUCCAUGGAAAUCAAGAAUGAUUUAAUUAAAGUUAAGAGAAACUUGAUUCAAACUGAGUCAUCAGAUCGACAAAUGGCUGAAAGUUUUGCCAAAAUUGAACCAUUGUAUAAGUUGUUAAGAAAUGCCUCAGCCUUCAAAAAAGAGUUGAGAGAUUACUUUUUUACCAAUAGUAGUUCAGCUGACAAGGCAGCCUCAUUACUUGAUCUUAAUUCAAAUUCUUUAUUAGACAUCGACGACCAGUCUUCAUCUGAUGCCAGAGAUUUGAUUGGCACUAUCGAAGCUGAUUUGAGCGCUUUGGCCCAUUUGCAAAAAGAGAUGGGAUUGAUGUUUAGUGAAUACAAACUUACAAUCCAUGAAGAUGAUAUUUCUGAUGUUUUGGUUAUGAAUAAAGACAUGCCAGAGAAUCAAAUUAAGGAGGUUUUAUUUGCCAAAGAGCUUGAGAAAUUUGAACAUUAUGAACUUCGAAUUGAAAAAAUCAUUCAAAAACGUAAUUCGAUCAUGAAUUCUAUUAAAGUUAAUAUUGGUGCAUUGAAUAGUAAUUCUACAGUCAAAGAUAAGAAGCAAGAGUUUUCUAAGAAACAAGGAAAAAAGCUCCAAAUGUACGAAACUCUCAAGGAUUUUGAAAGUCGAUACAGAGCAGUGAACACUGGCGUUAGUAAUGGUAUAAAAUUCUAUGAUGAAUUGAAAAGAUUUUUGAAUCAACUAGAAUCACAGGCUACUUCUUUUGUGUCUGCCAGAAAUGAGGAAUCCAGGAAGUUGCAAGGGUUUAGCAGCGCACCAAAAUCAUCAUCUGAUGACCUCAAUGAAAGAUUGGCUAGAUUGAACUUGAGUACUUCAACAGCUGGACCUCCGACUACAACUACUACCAGUAAUAACAUUUAUUCUUCGGAUAUUGCUAACCAGAAUAGAUAUUCUUCCGUCUCUAGUACCUCUUGGAGUCAAUCGCCAUUAAUCCCAAAAAAAUCAAGCAUUUCGAUGAGCACUCCUGAAUCCUCCUAUUAUCAACAAAACCUUCCACUUCCUCAAGAUAUAAAGCAACAAUAUACUCCGCAUUCACUUCUGCAACAGCCUUCAUCAAACCAAAGCUUAUCAAUGUUAUACGGGUCUUAUAGUAGCCAACCACCAGCGUUGCCUCCAAAACAAGCCCCUUCUAGGUAUGAACAAGCCCCUUCUAGAUAUGAACAAGCCCCACCUUUACCAUCCCAACCUGUAUCUUACCAACAAUCGCAACAACAAGACAACUCUGGAAUGCAAAACUCGCAGGCUGGUAUCCCAUUCUACAAUAGCCCUUCAAAUUAUGAUUCUAACAUGUAUUCUAUGUUCAGCGAUCAAAACAAAUGA